UCGUCGUUGCCGCACAGAGCAAGAACUACCUUGCCAAAUAUUAACAUAGCACGCCAAGCGAAAGUCUAUCCAGUUAAAAGGAGUCCAGUAGGAACAUGGGCUCUGGCGACGACGGCGCGACAACACAGCUCAUGAAGAUCGCCAAGGUGGACCUUCGCGGGCUGCAGUCCAACACGAUGGCGUGGGCGGAGGCCAGGGCCGCGGUGACCGCGUCCAUGGCGGCUCACGGCUAUGUGGUGGUCGUGCACGACGCGCUUGACGCGGAGCUUCGGCGCGCCCUGUUCGGCCGAGCCUUGCCGGAGCUCUACGCGCUCCCGUUUGACACCAAGAAAAGCAGCGGUGCCUUCUCAAACGGCCCGCAUAGAGGCUACGACGGGCAGGUCCCGAGUGAGGUCUUGGAGAGCGUCGCCAUCCUGAACCCGGUUGAACCCGGCAACGUCCGAGACUUCACUGGCCGCCUCUGGCCACAGGGCAACCCAGGUUUCUGCGACACGAUCGUGUCAUUCGCCAAGAACGUGCUGGAAUUAGCACAGACGGUGGAGAGGAUGACCCUAGAGGGCCUGGGGGUCCACGAGGAGAGCAUUGCCUGGCAGCUCUUCUCGCAGUCCCAUACUGCUCGGAUGAUGCUCUAUGGGACGCCACCAGACAAGGAGACCAGCAAUAUCUCCCUGGGGGCGCACCCCGACGAUCAAAUGACCACGGUGAUCGCGCAGCACGAGGUGGGGGGCCUCGAGGUGCAGGUCGAUGGCGGACGGUGGCUCGCCGUGCCUCCCGAGCCGGGCACCCUCAUCGUCAUUGGCGGCGACCAGUUAACGCUUGUCACGAACGGGAGGGUGCCGGCGUGUAUCCACCGGGUGAGAGCACCGAGUGGCCGCGAGCGCUUCUCGGUGCUGCUCAGCCGGCGUCGCAAGGGCGACCCCAUAAUGCGCGCCAUGGAUGAGCUCGUCGACGAGGACCACCCCCUGAUGUACAACCCCUGCAGUCACGAGGAGUACAGGGCGUUCCGCUUAUCCGAGGAAGGGCGCAAACUGCGAGAGCACAAUCCACUGAAGGCUUUCUGCGGUGUGGAGAAAGAUGGGUCCAAGGAAUGAACACUCCCCCAGGACGUACAUCACACACACCGUAUUGUCCAAUCAAUCAUCACAAAGGGAGUAAACCUCCCUAGGAUUCUUAGAAUGACACGGUGUUUGAUAAAAAAAUUAUUUCCUCCUGCAGAUCAUCUUACUAUUACUUGGAGGCUCCUUUAAAGCCUACACGUUA